UUAGUGUUUGAGUAGAUGUCUGCAUUUAACUGCUGCAGCCUCCAUCUUAUGGAGCCUCUUAGAAUUCACAGCCCAGACCGAACAACACAAAACGACAACAGAACACCUCUAUGAGAACAAAUAACUGCUCAUUUUCGUUUUGCAUGCACAUAAGCCAUAGAUCUGUUCAGCCGGUCCUUUAAUUAGCGCAGUAGCCAGCCAGUCUGCCACUUGCGCUCUCUCUCUCUCUUUACGCUUUGCAGCGGCUGUAUUUCUUGCACGCUCCACCAUUCCAUCGUACGUGCCCAGUGUGACUCAGAUAAUGGCCUCUCUCACUCUGCACACACAGAAAAGAGAUGGGGGAGGAGGAAAAUUAAGGGAGGGAGAAAAUGAGUAAGGGAGGGAGGGAGUGAGCGAACGAACAAACGAUAGAGAGAGAGAGGUGGGGGCUGUAAGGCAAAGCAGACGGCAAAUGCAAAAAGCAGAAAGAAAAAGGAGAAUAUAGAAAAAGGGAAGGGAGGAGCAGAGAGACAUAAUGAGAGAGGGAGAAAGAGAGAAAGGACAGUGGCGAUAGGAAGAGAAUCAGAGCGAGUGUGUGUGCUUGGGGGAGGUGUGUAUGACAGAGUGUGUGCGUGAGUGUGUGUGCGUGAGUGUGCCGCACUGCCUGGCUGACUGAGAAGAGAGGGAGAGAAAGAAAGAAAGAAAGAAAGAAAGAAAGACUGAAAGAAAAGAAAGAAACCCGUAGUGGAUUUCCACCGGCUGGCUUCUUCUUUUUUUUUUUUCUUUUGGCACUGUCGCAAAAGUCGUAUUCCAUGCCCUUUCUUGUCCACGUUUCCCACCUUUGUCUCUCCAGCAACGUUAUUGGGACAGCUAGACCACUACUGUUUCUGUGGUGGGUUCAGUGGAUGGCCCCAGAGGAAGAGGCCAGAUGGAAAUUGGGUCCCAUGACCGCCUGGAUGAAGGCGUGUUAAACCAGGACCUGUCUAAUGGGCUUAGCAAACAUGCAGCAAAUGAAGAAAAUAUCUGUGAUGAAGAAGUCAGAACCGUGGCCAGGGAGCAACACCAGCACAACUACCACGAGGGAGCUGGAUGUAUUUCCCAGACACCAGGCUGGGUCCCUGAGCAUGCUGGGAAGUCAAAUCCUGAAUCUCAACAGGGUGCUUGGAGUGGCCAAAAUGCCAGUACACCAGUGAAUGAUGUGGAUAUGGAGGAUGCACGAACCCUGGUGGCCUUUUCUGCUACUGUUGGCUCACUGCCACCUUUCACCAACCGUCAAACUUGUCAGACGCCUACAGCUCAGCUGUACAAAAGGUUCAAUCAGGAAAUGUCUAAUGGAGGUGAGGAGGCCAGACAGAAAGGUGUGGAUGGUGAGAUGUACCCCCCUGAAGAUCUAAACACUCUUCAGGCAGCACUGAGCAAGGCCCGUCAUGGCCACAAACCACCUAACUGUGAUUGUGAUGGCCCAGACUGCCCUGACUACCUGGAGUGGCUGGAGAAGCAAAUCAAACUGGUGGCUAACUCCCAGGAUAAAGGUUCCUGUAAGAUUUCGGGUGCUCUUCCACAGCCACAUACACAGCAUCGUCAUGCCCAAUCCCAGCCUCAACAAUGUGGAGGUAACCCCUCAUUUGUGCAAGACACAAAUCCACAUCCCCAUGUUAAACAGCCUUCUGCUCCUAGACCCUUUGGCCCACUAGCACCUAUUCCCUGCUCCCCGAGUGUUCUGUCCAUAGCCAAGGAAAGAAAUGUUAGCUUGCAAACAGCAAUUGCAAUUGAGGCUCUAACCCAGUUGUCUGCCACUGACCCACAAACUGUUGUUCCUCCAGGCGCGUCUUCACCUGCAAUUCACCAUCAGCAUCUGCCAACCUCCUACCCGCAGAGUAUGCCACAAGUGGUCUCUUCAUCACCUGGUCCUCUUUUGUCCUCCUCUGCUAUGCCACAGUCCAUCCCUCUAGGACAUUAUCCUCAAAAGGAGCUGUCAUGGGAUCAGCAGAGACCUCAGUCUCAGGGGGAGGCCCCUGCACCAAACAUUUUGUCUAGCCCAUCUCACUAUGCUUCCACAUACCCAUCCUCCAAGUCCCCAUUUGCAAGCGUACACCCGUCGAGCCCCAAUCUCCGACCCCAGCAGUGGAACCAGGGCACAGCUGGAAGCUGCGAGAAAAGCUCCCCUCGGAACCCAUGGAUGAUGGUGAACACUGAUUCCCAGCCUCGUUUUGUAAACCCAUCCCAAGGCGGUAGCGACCCAAUGUCCGAGCUAAAGCAGCUCCUCGGAGUCACCGGCGCAAAGUAUACCAACUCAGCCUUCAAUUUCUCACUCCCUCACCCCAGCUUGCAGGAUGGUCGUAAGGGCAGCCUUACUGGGAUGCCAGACAUCAAGCAGGAGGUGGAUGCAAAGGAGUACCUGGGCUCAGGGUGUGCAGUCGUGGGCCAGGAGGGGUUGGUAAAUGGCCAGCAGCAGGUCCAGGGUCAGCAGUUUUCCCCCACCAUUAGGCACUCAACUCAGGCAGCACUACAGCAGCACCUUCAUUAUAAACGUAACCUCUUCUCUAAUUCCCCUGCCUUCAAUCCGCUAGCCCCCAUGGCUUGUCAGAACCUUCGUAAGUGGUGGCCACAGACUAUGCCAGAGGGUCCUGUAACCAUCAAACAGGAGCACAAAGAACCCAAAAAGAAAAAGAGCGCUCAGAGUUCUCCUCUUCUCAAGCAGCCAGUGGGUGGGCUCUUUGGUCCACUGGGCACACCUCUUCCAAAACCCAAACAGAUUGUUAUCAAGAAGCAUAAACAGAAAGCUUCCCAACCAUCUUUCCUCCCACAGAACCAGAUUUUAGUAUCAAAACCUCCCCUCGUUUCCCCAGGAUGUGCACCAUUCUUAUCUCAGCUUGCUCCAUCUCUACUAGGCAUGGAAGCUGGGCUUCCCCCCUCUCAGGUGGCUGAGAGCCACCCAGCUCCAGCUCAAUCUCAGGAAUCCAUUUUGAAUAGCAGUAGUGCACCUAUCUCUGAAAAUGCUCUUUCUUCUUUUACCCCCGUGUCAGUCCCAGCACUAUCCACCCAGAAGGUGACAGCUUGCUCAGGCCCAACUGGGUUAAAUGAUAGCAUCCCAACAACCAGUAUCCCACCUCAAACCUCUACAACACAGCAGACUCCUUCUCUGGCUGGCCUCAGUAACCUAGAUCCAAAAUUCGAAGAGCUUAUUCGCCAGUUUGAGGAGGAGUUUGGGGACACCAUUUCCUCAGCUUCUGCAGCAGAGACCCCAGAGAAUGGCCCUGCUCAGCCAGUGGUGACAGAGUCACAACCAAACUCAGGACAAACCAGACCCGAGUCACCAUCCCCAAAGCAGCCAAAUAACUGUCCUCCUUUUCCCACAAAUUAUUCUGAGCCCAUGGAUGAAGGUCAAAAGGACAUUGCUGAAAGACUGAACGAAAAAACGCCAUGGCCAUCUGAGGAGCUCUGUACUAUCAAACAGGAAAGUGAGGAAUGUGAGGUAGACGUGAAACCUUCUGGGCAGCCCCUGUCUGUAGCUCAGGAUGCAUUUCUGGAGCAACAGCACCCCUUCAUCACACCUUUCUCCCCUCCGGCUAAACGUAUAAAGAUUGAGUCAUCUGGUGGCGUGACAGUGGUCUCCACAACUGCAUGCUUGUCUGCAGACAGAGAGAGGGCCGAUUUGAAUACUCCCACCAAGGAUAUCUUUCCCUCCUCCCCUUCACUUAAAGGUUUUCUUGAGUCACCAUUGCGCUACUUGGACACUCCCACCAAGAACCUGCUGGAUACACCUGGGAAAGAUACCCAACCUGAGUUUCCCACCUGUGACUGUGUAGAUCAAGUCCUAGAAAAGGACGAGGGUCCAUAUUACAAUCAUUUGGGAUCUGGGCGAGACAUUGCUUCGGUCAGACAACUGAUGGAAGAGAGGUAUGGGGAGAAGGGCGAAGCCAUUCGUAUUGAGAGGGUGACUUACACAGGGAAAGAAGGAAAGAGCUCUCAGGGAUGUCCUAUCGCUAAGUGGGUGAUUCGUCGCAGCAGUGAGAAGGAGAAAUUGUUAUGCGUUGUGAAGCAACGGCCUGGGCACCACUGUGCCAAUACUGUUAUUGUUGUUGUCAUCCUGUGCUGGGAAGGCGUGCCCCAUGCUCUGGGAGAUAAACUCUACAGAGAAAUAACAGAAACCCUCAUCAAAUACGGCAACUCCACCAGCCGUCGCUGUGGACUCAAUGAUGAUCGAACCUGUGCAUGCCAAGGGAAGGACUCAGAAACCUGUGGAGCUUCCUUCUCUUUUGGCUGCUCCUGGAGCAUGUACUUCAAUGGAUGCAAGUAUGCUCGAAGCAAAACCCCUCGCAAAUUCAGACUGCAUGGAGAGCACCCCGAAGAGGAGGACAUUCUCAGGGAUAACUUCCAAAACUUGGCCACACAUGUGGCCCCUGUGUAUAAGAUGCUGGCUCCCCAGGCCUACAGUAACCAGUGUUUAAAUGAGAAGAUUGCUUCAGAUUGUCGGUUGGGUUUGAAGGAAGGACGGCCGUUUUCAGGAGUCACUGCAUGCAUGGAUUUCUGUGCCCAUGCUCACAAAGACCAGCAUAACCUCCACAAUGGCUGCACUGUGGUGUGCACUCUUACGAAAGAGGACAAUCGCAGGGUGGGCACAAUCCCAGAAGACGAGCAGCUGCAUGUGCUUCCGCUCUACAAGAUCUCUUCAACCGAUGAAUUCGGAAGUAAGGAGAACCAGCGUCUCAAAAUGCAGACAGGAGCCAUCCAGGUGCUCGCUAACUUCCGUCGACAGGUUAGAAAACUUCCAGAACCUGCUAAAUCCUGCCGGCAGCGUCGGUUGGAGGCCAAAAAGGCUGCGUCGGAGAAGAAGAACAGGAAAUUGCAACUUUCAGAAACCCCAGAGAAGACGGUCAAGAUGGAGAUGCACCACAUGGAGUCACCCCACCCUCAGCAAGGCAAUAAAGCUAUUCCAAAACAGGAGGUGAAACCAACCAUCAAAAAAGAGCCUGUCGACCGCUUCCAGCCCUUCAAUGGAGCCAUACGUGGCUACCCAGCACUAGGGAACGGCAAGACACCCUCUGAUCCCCGCAGCAUGAACAGUUCGUUCUCAUACCCUGGUAACUAUGCAAGAGGUCGCAUCCCAACCAACGGCCAUCCUCCUGCGCAGAGCCCCAUCAAUGGCUUUCACCCCAACCUCCAAGAAAUACGCUAUGGUUAUUACAACUACCCUCCCAGUGCACUUUUUCCUCCUGAGCUCUUGGGAUAUGAUAAUGGAGCCUGGCCCAAAGCUGGAGAAGCCUCUGCUGCACCAUUUGACCAGAAGCCAGAUGUUCAGUGUCUCCAAGCCAAGCUGGCACAGGCCUAUCCCAGCCGCCCACAGCAACAAAUGGCUGACGGCUCAAUCCUGAUUCAAGGGUUCCCACACCCUUCCGAGGUUUCCCAAUCUCCUGUUCCACCCAGUCGUAUUCCAUCCCUGGAGCAGACACACCGCUCUACGCCCAUAAUCAAGCAGGAGCCCAUGGAUGUGCCACUGUAUGAUGGCAGAUCCGAUGGGCAAGCUCAAAGCUGCCCCUCCACUCCCAGUACCACACCAAAACCCGAAGGCUGGCCUGGGCACAAACCAAACGGUAGCCUUAUCCCUAAAGGCUGGGAUGGAAAUAUCAGACCAGGUCCGACCAAUUCGCCUUUCACUCCGGACAAGCAGAGGUUCCACCAGCAACAUGAACACCCUCAGUAUCUACAGCAGCAACAAUGGAAUUCAUAUUCCUGCCCUAACACUCCAAUGCCAUCCCCUUCACCAUCUUCGUCCCCAUCCCUGAAAGCAGGUCCAUCACCUGGACCUUCUCCACACCCGUCCACCCCAAGACAGUGGGGUAGCCCUUCCCCUAGUCCCCAACCUAAAGCAUGGGGUCCUUACGGACCCAUAUGUUACGGCGCUGGUGGCAUAAGGCAAGGCAGUCCUGCUGGUGCUUUCCCCGAUAAAAUGCUCUCCCAAGCAGGUGAGAAUUGUGGCUCUGCACCUUUGGGACUCCAGGAGAAAGCCUGGAAAUCUGGUGGCGGAUUGGCAGCAGGGAACACACCAUCUCCAGCUCCUGAGGGACGCUUGUUUCCCGACUCGCUGCAAAAGUCAGAUAAUCAGGCGUGUUGGGACAGCGAGGCAGAUACCCAGAGCGAACAUGACCCCAAGGAGGAAGAUGUGUGGUCAGACAGCGAACACAACUUCUUGGAUCCCAACAUUGGCGGAGUAGCAGUGGCCCCCGCUCACGGCUCAAUCCUGAUCGAAUGCGCCCGGCGGGAGCUUCAUGCCACCACGCCACUCAAAAAGCCUAACCGCUCACACCCGAGCCGUAUAUCCCUGGUCUUCUACCAGCACAAGAACCUGAACCAGCCCUGCCACGGUCUGGCUUUGUGGGAGUCCAAGAUGAAACUCCUAGCCGAGCGAGCGCAACAGCGGCAACAAGAAGCAGCUCUUUUGGGUCUCUCAGAGGAAGACAUUAAGGCCUAUGGGAAAAAACGCAAGUGGGCAGCAGGAUCGGCGAGCCCGUCCCCUGGACAAACCAAGGACAAACGAGAGGGUGUGGUGACACGGAUGGCGCCCACACAGCAUACCACCACCAUGGUCACAGUUUCACCCUACCCAUCCACACACCUCACUGGUCCUUACAGUCGAUUCGUGUGAACUCUUGUAGACUGUCGCCCCCUGGAGCCAGAGAUGGGAAUAGAAAUGCUAAGCUGGCUCCUUUACCCUUUGCUUCCCCUCUUCUAGCUCCAACAGCUCUCUCAGGCCACCACAAGGGAGGGAGAGUAGAGGACGGGGCACUUUUUUCACUUUUUUUUUCUUUUACCUCAAAUUUUGGCAGCAGUUUGGGAACUCCCCAAACGGACAUGCUGUCUAUGGUGCUCUUGCUCUCUCCAACGUGGGAGGGAUUUCCAUAGCUACCCCUCCUUAAGUGAAUUUGAUGAUCCUAAUUAUUAUUGCUCUAUUAUCAAUAUUAUUACAAUUGCUAUUGUUACUGUCAACGUUGAUAUUACAGGUAUUGUUAUUAUUAUAUUAUGAAGAUGACUAUUUUUUAUUUUAAUGUUAUUGUUUUUUCAUCAUUGUUAUUAAUAUUAUGAUUUUUUUCUGCCCUCUCUUGACUAAGAGGGACGUCCUUUCUUCAUUCUCGCUUGUUCAUUAUGAACAUGAGAAAAAGCUAAUCAGCAUUUUUGUUGCGCUUUUUGCCUCUCCCACCCCCACCAACCUCUCUAUAUUGAUGAAGCGCCUUCACGUCAUUGCAAGUCACAUUUCUGUGACUUCAUUAAGGCAUCUUUGUGCUAGUCACUGAACACGUGACCAAGAAAGAGAGGAUCAGACACCAGCUUGGGCCUUUCUGUUUGGUGCCACUCUGAUGAAAUCUGUAAAGUUUCUCAUCCCUUCAAAUGGUGCUUAUUUUCGGUCUCAAGUGUCUCUAACUUUGCCCUCACAAUAUGGAGGCAGGUGCUGGACCUGGGUGCUUUUUAGCAGCAGAUGUCAGUCUUGGUUCAGCCUUCCAUUGUGUCACCUGAUUGGUGCUGACUCAUUUGCCUGCAGUUUCAUUGGCCAUUAUUCACUGCCCAUUUUACAUGUUCAGACUAAGGUGCUGAUAGUGCUAGCAAAAAUCCACCUUAAUCGAACCGCCCUAAAGAGCUGCAGAUAACCCACCGUGGGUCUUAAGCAUACGAUUUCCACAAUCCAGACUCGGCUCAAACAGGGAUUUCCAAAAUCAUCAGCCAAUUUUUAUUGGCUUGAAAAUCUGCUUGAUUCACCCUAGGUGUGUUCAGAUUGACUGUAGAGUGUAGAGACUUGGAGCUGCAGUAGGUAAGAAAUUAUGGCUUUUUUUUAAAUAAUGACUUGCUACAAAAUUGCCAUUACAGAUGAGUAUCUAUAGAUUUGUAACAUCAGCGUAUCUGGUUGGUUUUAGACACGUAGUGUAAAAGCUAGAGGGCGACAUGCCUAACUGGUUCCCUUAGAUGCCAGUUCUUGUUUUUAUGUAACACGACUGGCCCUUUGUAAACUGAACACGUCUUCCAUGUCCUGAUUUAUCUGUAGUUACCCAUUUGUGAUGGUGAUGAUUUUAUUAGGAGUUGGAUAUUUUCUUACCUGCUGCUGGUUACACCCACCAGCCUAACGGACAGAGCACAUUUCUCGGAGUUGGUGCUACUAUGAGCCUUUAUGCUCCUGUAAAGUUGCCCCUCUCGUUACAAGCAGCCCUCUUCUCUCUCUUUGCCCAGAGAGAUCAUCUAUACCUGGAAUUCAUGGUGCUGAAUGGAAUGCAUACGGUUUCAGCUCAGUAGUUUGUGCGGGUGCAUGCAUAACUACAUAAUGCACGUGUGUGUGUGCGUGUGUGUAUGGAUUCCUAAACUGGUUAGAAUGUAUGUGAAUGCCUGUCUGUGAGCUACAUAGAGAGAGCAAUGCAGGGCUGCUGCUGGUUUACACAGGGCUGUAAGAUGCUUGACACUCACAGAGGAGAUCCUGGUGCUCAUUAAGUGGUUCUAACGCUCUUUACCUCAUGUUGUACAGACACUGGUCCCAGUCACAACAUGCUACAAACACAGCGGCGCUACAGACUGCAGGCUUGCUGCCUACAUCCACAUUCGUACCUACUUUUUUAUUCUUAUUUAUUAUAUGAUGAUGAUUAUUGUUAUUGUGAUUGCUGUCAUUUUAUUUUUAUGAUGAUUUUUUUUGUUUGUUCAUUUUAGAGAAAUUGUAAAUACUGAAGAGAGGAUUUUAUAAAAGCACUUUUAAUCUUGAUUUUAAUGAGGAAAAAAAAUAAGAACGGAUUAUUGACAACUUGAAACCUAGUUUUUGUUUUAAUGGAAUUUUAUUGGGAGAGAUAGAAAUGUAAAUAGUUAAAUAUUUAGGUAAGAUUAUUUAACUGGUGAGGGAUGAUGGCCUAAUCAUGAAUGAUUCCUGAAUUUUUAGUCUUCAGUUGUCUGUCAAGCCGUCAACAACAGACCACAAAGCAGGGUGUUUUGUCGGUCUACUCAAGAUACUGCUGUCCUUUCUUUCGUGAGUACUGUACUUACACCAAUACCUCUGUACUACCAUUGUCACCGGCUUCCUUCCCCUGCAUCUGAUCCACAUCUAGAAACCAUAAACUAAUGGAGAAGAAAGAAACCAAUGUGAACUUGCUGAAUAAUACAGUUCGCAAGGAUUCAGGACUUGCUUUUUCUGUUUUUUAAUGAAGGGGCGUGAAAGUACAUCACUUUAACAUGAAAAAAAAAUUGGCCAUAGAACUGAGAAGAUUAUCAGGUGUAAACUUGCCGUUUGAAAUGUGACCGCUUUCAGUUCAAAACUCUCGGUAGAUCAUUUAAUGCUUAUUAUUUUUGUUUAUUUGAUUAAAUAUCGUGUGGGGCGAGUCUUACAGAGCUCUGAGUCUGCACUGACAUUAUAUUAUCUAGAUUGUCACUUGUUCUUGUAGAUGUGAGAUAUACCCCUGAAGUUUAAAAAGCUGAGUUUCGAGUGCGGUUUUAUUCACCCUAAAUGGCUUUUGAACCAUGGUGCUACCCCAUAGAGUUCACUGUGGAAAAGACUCUUGGCAAACACUGUUGCUACAGUUCUUUGAGCUCUUAAAUUGAUAUGUGAACUGGUUUUGAGAGGAAACCUAUAUGGUGCUGAUCAUUUUUAAAUCUCUGUAUGUAGUUAUUUCUGAAACAACAUUUCUGAUUAUCGCAAUUU